AUGGUGGUGGGGGGCCGGGGUCUUGGUGCUUGUGGUCCUGGGCCCAACGGGCAGCAUGGAGGGGCCACCCCAGAUCGGGACAUCUCCCUGCACAACUUCAGCACAAGGCUGUGGGAGCAGCUCGUCCACUUCCACGUCAUGCGGCUGACACACUGGCUCUUCCUGUGGGUGGGGGCCAUGCCGCACCUGUGCAACCUCGCCGUGGCCCUAUGCAGCCACUAUGAUUCCAUCCCCGUGUCUACCUCCGUCUUCAGAGACACUUGUGGCAUGACCUCCACUGAUCUUACCCGGCACUUAGCCAGGAAGACCAACAAACAGAUGUUUGUCAGCUAUAACCUUCAAAACACAGAUAGUAACCUCACAUUACUUGUAAAACACAGGAUCAAGGAAGAAAUGGAGGCUUAUCCAGAAAAGUUCUAG